UGUGAUUAAGGAUGAGGGAAGACAUAGGUGACCUCAGCUGGGCUUGAAGCAUGAGGAAGAUUUAAUGAGCUUGAUUUGCUUAUCAAUCAAACAAUAAAAUGUAAAGUUAAAAGUUAAACCACUGAGCCAAUAAAAUCCUCCAAGCUGGUAACAUAAGGGCUAAAGGUUUUGGGUAAUUAUUUACCUCCCAGAAUUAGACAAUUGCAAAGAGCUUAGAGAAAUUUAUUUGAAAGGAAUGAGGAUCCUGCACUCUUCCUCCCUCAGUAAGUAAAUGUCAGUCCCUGGGAAGAGAGAACCAAAAUGUCUACUGGACCAGAUGUCAAAGCUACAGUGGGGGACAUUUCCAAUGAUGGCAAUUUAAAUAUGGCUCAAGAGGAAUGCUCCAGGAAAGGCUUUUGUUCAGUCCGACAUGGGCUGGCCCUCAUCUUGCAGCUCUGUAAUUUUUCAAUUUACACCCAACAAAUGAACUUGAGCAUUGCCAUUCCGGCUAUGGUGAACAACACAGCUCCACCUAGCCAGCCCAAUGCCUCCACAGAACGGCCCUCCACUGACUCCCAGGACUACUGGAAUGAAACUCUAAAAGAAUUUAAAGCAAUGGCCCCUGCAUAUGACUGGAGUCCUGAAAUCCAGGGAGUCAUCCUCAGCUCCCUCAACUAUGGCUCAUUCUUGGCUCCAAUCCCUAGUGGCUAUGUGGCUGGAAUAUUUGGAGCCAAAUAUGUGGUUGGUGCUGGCUUGUUUAUUUCCUCAUUCCUGACCCUCUUCAUUCCACUGGCAGCUAAUGCAGGAGUGGCCUUGCUCAUUGUCCUCCGGAUUGUACAAGGCAUAGCCCAGGUUAUGGUAUUAACUGGUCAAUAUUCAAUUUGGGUCAAAUGGGCUCCCCCACUGGAAAGGAGUCAACUCACCACCAUUGCUGGAUCAGGGUCAAUGCUGGGGUCCUUCAUCGUUCUACUCGUUGGUGGUCUUCUUUGCCAGACCAUAGGAUGGCCUUAUGUCUUCUAUAUCUUUGGAGGAUUUUUUUGUGCCUGUUGUCUUCUCUGGUUUCCUCUCAUUUAUGAUGAUCCUGUGAAUCAUCCCUUUAUCAGUGCUGGUGAGAAGAGAUACAUUGUGUGUUCAUUGGCUCAGCAGGACUGUUCACCAGGCUGGUCUCUUCCCAUUAGGGCUAUGAUCUUUUUUUUACCACUCUGGGCCAUUUUAAUCUCUUAUUUCUGUGAAUACUGGCUUUUUUUUUUAAUUAUGGCGUACACACCAACGUACAUCAGCUCGGUACUUCAAGCCAACCUCAGAGAUAGUGGGAUCCUGUCUGCCUUGCCGUUUGUUGUUGGAUGUAUCUGCAUUAUCCUUGGAGGUCUAUUGGCAGACUUUCUUCUCUCCAGAAAUUUUUUUAGACUCAUCACCAUCAGGAAACUCUUCACUGCCAUUGGUAAGGGCGAGGCUGGACACAGGGGUGAAUGUGGGAAGCUCAGAGCAGCCUCCAGUUUAUUCUGUGUUUUUUUUCCUACCCCAGGGGUUCUCUUCCCAUCUGUGAUCCUCAUGUCCCUGCCUUUUUUUAGAUCCAGCCACAGCAUGACCAUGACCUUCUUGGUGCUGUCUUCUGCCAUCAGCAGCUUCUGUGAAUCAGGAGCCCUUGUUAACUUCUUGGAUAUUGCUCCUCUUUUUACUGGCUUUCUCAAAGGACUAUUACAAGUCUUUGCACACAUAGCUGGAGCCAUCUCUCCCACUGCUGCUGGAUUUUUCAUCAGUCAGGAUUCAGAUUUUUUUUGGAGAAAUGUCUUCUUGCUUUCAGCUGCUAUUAACAUAUCGGGCCUGUUUUUUUACCUCAUCUUUGGCCGAGCAGAUGUACAGGACUGGGCUAAAGAGCAGACAUUCACCCACCUCUGAGCAAACUGAGAGAUGUGCUAGAUCCUAGUGCUUAGUUGUUUUUUUUUUUCCCUCAGAGACAUUUCCCUUUCAUGCCUGCUUGACUGGUAAGCUUUUUUUUAGACCCUGUAUAUAAUACUAAAGAUUUUACUAUGCCUGGAGAUUUUACAGAGGAAGAAAACAGGCUAGUUAUUUAACUGCAAGCUACCAAAAGCAAAGCUGUGUUUUUUUUUCUGUGUUCUCCACUCUUCCACUGUUAUCCUGAUAAAAGCAUCAGGGUUUUUUUACAAUUUCUUUCCAAAGCAAAAGAGGAAGCCAGACCUUGGGACUGAGAACUGAGAAUCACAAACGAGUUGUACCCAACAUGCAGAAGAUGAAUCCUCAGAGCUUUUUUUUAAAGAAAGCCCCAAACAACAGAAUGCAUAGUGUUUUCCAUUGUUGGUGAAAAAUGUCAAGGAGGAAAGAACAAUAAUGAUUCCAUCAUGACAAGAGGAAUGAAUUUUUUUGCAACUAAUUGGAGCAAGAUAGUACACUUUAACUCUUUCCGACAACUUCCAUUCUGUGGAUGCCAGCUUUGGAAUCAGAGCCGCCUCUGGAAUACCUGUGCUUCCAGAAUCAGCUUUUGGACAGUUACCUUCUUUCUGGCCAUUUUAACCUCUGCCCCUUUUUUUCUUUUUGGCUCGGUGCAG